AUGUUGCCCACUACUAUACCACUUCAUAUCGUCUCAUCGCGUCUCUACUGGAUCAGCAUUAGCUUGACACACUUCCGGCUCAUGCUGCUACGCCGAGUGGUCUUUCCACGACAUGUAGUCGCACCAUAUGCUCGAGCCUAUGCUGCUCGUGCUUCGCCAAAAUCACUACCGCGCCGGCAACAUGCACCAUCUGCAGCUAGGCAAGAGUCAGCUUCCUCGACCACAGGGCAGACGUCCUCUGGGGCUCCACGUCGUGCAUGGCUUAUCACUGGCACGUUUGGUGUUGGUCUAGGCUUCUACACCCUACAGCUCUAUCUUGCGGCCUCGAAGCCCUGCCACAACCCUCAUAUUGCGGAUCUGGCGCAACAGAAGGAUGUUGCGGUACGUUAUGAUUACACAGCCUCGAGUUUCGACUCAGAUGUCGGCUUAUCUGAGCUGUUGAUGGGCAUCAAUGGCAUCCGUAAAAAGCUUGCACAGAAGUGUCAUGGCGAGGUUCUGGAAGUGAGUUGUGGUACGGGCAGGAACCUCGGAUACUACAGCCUGAACAGCGCAAGUGGCAUAGUGAGCACCUUGAGCUUCAACGAUCUGUCCUCACAAAUGAUCGAUGUUUGUCGGAAUAAGUGGGAGACAAUAUAUGGUUUCAAGGCUAGAUCCGGGCAGCUAAGGCACGAUCUUAAGGUACGUUUCAUGACUGGGUCUGCUUUGGAACCUAUGCCUUUGUCGCCGAAUGGUAAGAAGUACGACACCAUCUUCCAAACCAUGGGACUCUGCAGCACUGCCGCUCCUCUCCAGCUGCUCGAGAACAUCAUUGCGCACCUUGAUACUUCGAAGCCUGACUCCCGGAUCCUGCUGUUGGAGCAUGGUCGGUCCUACAUGCCAUGGAUGAACAACAUCCUCGACGAAUCUGCAGAGAAGCAUGCUGAAUUGCAUGGAUGCUGGUUCAAUCGUGAUAUUGGGCAGCUGGUGCAGGAGGCAGCGGAGAAGACUGGUAUGGAGAUCGUCGGGGAGCGUCGACACCACUUCGGCACGACUUGGGUCUUUGAGCUGAAGCCUUCCGAUGAGCUUGUCAAGCGUACCUCCAGCAGUUUGGGUGCUCCAUCGACUAGUGUACAAACUGCGUCCAAUGAGAGCACAACUUGGCUCAAUAGAAUUGGUUGGAAAUGA